UUCAAAUAUCUAAUUUUGGAGAGAAUUUCACUUGUGGUGAAUGCAGUGGUUCAUUUCCCAUUUGCUUAAAAUUUUUAAGAGUUUCUAGCUGAUUUCAUAGGUUGGGAUUUCAAUUGAUGUUUGCAAAUAAUUUUUGGAUUCUGUUAAUAUAUUGUGUUAAGUACAUUACAGAUAUGGGUUUUCUGAACAUACUGAAAUUUUUUCAUAGUAUUUUGAUCAAGAUAAACGUAUAGUAUAAUGGAUGGAAAAAUGUAUUGUAAUAUUCCACCACAUUUAUCCGUCGCCGGAAAUGGUGAGCAAGGUAGCUUUGGUGGUAAAAGCGCCGGAACUCAAUUGACUGUUCCAAAGUGCCAACGAAAUUUCAAGCUGCUCUCAGACCCAGCAUUGGUAAAAGGUGCAAGCAAGUUAUAUCGUUACGACGGAGUAACGUCGAACGAACAAACAUAUUCAUCUGUAAUACCAAGAGAUCCUCGAAAUCCGAUUGUUCGCCUUCGUGCCAAACCAGUCGACCCAAUGAUUCUCAUAGUUCCACGUUUAAUAAUUGACCAAAAUUACGUUGGGGAACCUCCAUCUAUCGAAAUUACUAUAACAAAUUUGAAUGACAACAUAGACAGACAAUUUUUAGCUGGGAUGCUGAAUAAAUGUGGUCUUUACGAUGAGCUUCUAAUUUAUCAUCACCCAACAACUAACAAACACCUUGGUGUUGCACGAAUCGUGUUCGAAAACGUAAAAGCUGCCCGAAUAUGUAUCGAAAAAUACAAUCAAAAAUCGGUUAUGGGAAAGGUUUUAAGAGUUUUCCUUGACCCUUUUGGAACAAUAUGUAAACAGACAGUAGAAUAUCUAACAUCACAAAAAUCAAGUCAAGGUUCUAAAGUAGGUCAUCCAGUUAGCGUAUUUAAACCCCAGCCAAGUAGCGGAACACUUCAUAACACUUCAACACAUGAAAAUUUAGAACCUCACCAUGCAUAUAAAACUGAAGAUGUUAUUAAUUCGGCCAAGUUACCUGUUUUUCAAACUUUCCGAAAUGAUCGAGACUAUCCCCCAGAUUAUGGUCAAACGUUUAGGAGACAUGUAGGGGAGGAAUAUCAUCAUCGGGAUUCUAGGGAAAAGGAACGAAAUCGGGAAAAAUAUUCGUCUUUAAAAUAUGAACGCACAAAUCAUCAUUAUAAUAGACCAGAACGUGAGAGAGAUGUUUCUUUAGAAAUAAAUAGAGACCGAGGAAAUAGGCGCGAUCGAGAACGUGAUAGAGAGUACCACAAAUCACGGCAUCGGGAGAGAGAUCGGGAGAAACGUAAGGUUCACGAUACAUCCUCUGAACGCGAUUACCAUAAAAAAAAAGCCGAACGAAGUGAUAUUGAUCGUGAUAGAAAUAAAACCCAUAAGAAACUUACAAUCCCAUUAGUAAGAGGAUAUGAAGGGCAGGAUAAUUAUAUUUCCAAGUUACAUCAAGUGGAUAUGUAUUAUUUGCAUAAUCUUGGAUCUUCAGUUCCACACCAUUCUGUACAAAAUUUGGGAUCGUCAAAUGCUAUCUCGGAACAAAAUUAUGGGUAUUCUUCUUAUGGCUAUACACAAGACUCUUCUCAAAACUCUUGGAAUGGGCAAAGAAAUUGGAGUGCUCCACCACCACAAGAAUAUCCUAAAAUCGAAAUUCCGCCCCCUCCUCCCGAUAAAACACCGAAUUGGGACGACCCGGAACCUCCGCCUCCUGGGCAAUCCAGUCCUGAACAAUUUGUAGAGUCCAAAAAAUUUAACAAGCCAUCUCCCUCGUCUAAUAACGAAGCACAGGAAGUUUUAAUAUCAGUAGAUACAGGUGAUGUAAAUGAAUUAGGAAAUGUUGACUUGGAUACUCGGAUAGAAAUGAUGUUUAAAAGGAAAUCUUUUGGAAAUGCACCCCCGUUCCUUCAAAUCGAUAGCAGUGAAUCAGAAGUUGAAAAUUGUAAAAUGAAGAUGGAUGAAGUCGAAAUUAGAUCAGACAACAAAUUGAAGAAAAGCAAAUCUUCCGGACAUACAAAGAAAAAUUUAAAAAAAUCACUUCAACAAAAUGAUGCAAGUGAUAUUUCAUCAAGUGAUGAUGAAAUCCUUCUGAAAAAGGAAUCAUCAAGUCCAAACUUAACAGGCAGAGAUGAAGAUCGCAUGUCUUUAUCAAGCCUGUCAUCUCAUGAUGGUGCCCAGUGUUGUAAAAUACAAACUCAACCAAGUGUGGUCUUACAAAAAAAAUUGGGUUUAUCGGAGUCAGUCUUGAAGUCAAAUUUUACAUCUCAUUCUUAUUCAAGUAAUGAGAAUGAGUAUUACAAACCGAAUUUGAAUUAUUCAUUACAACUUUAUGUCGAUCCAUCGACACCACAUACUUUUCCAAACCCGGCAUACAUGCAUUCAACUUACAUGCCUGGUUUUGGAAGCAUGACAUACGGCUCAUUAUAUAACGAAGAAUUUGGUCAGUAUUAUCAAACAUUGGCUAGUGAUAAUUACCGGACGUUUUCCAAUUACGUCUACCAUCAAAACGAUCCUUUUAAGAAACAAAUAGACGCGGUUGUGGAGCGCGUGAGCAAUGAAUUGAAGCAGAUACUUAAGCGCGAUUUUAAUAAAAAAAUGAUAGAAAAUACAGCUUACAAAAAUUUCGAGUCGUGGUGGGAUGACCAAAUGCAAAAGAGCCGACACAAAGAAAGAAAUUCAGUUGUGAACAACAAGUUUUCUACUUCUUGCAAAACAUCAACAUCAAUUCGCACUGAUAAAGCUCCAGAUAUAAAUCAGUUAAUUAAUAGUCAAUGCGAUAUGUCUGAUUUGCGUUCUUUUCCUAGCCUCGGUAUACGGGCAUCGAUUCCAAAAUUACCAUCAUUUCGUCGUAUUCGAAAAGAGUCCAUUCAACAAGCUAAGAUCGAUUAUGAGAAACAUUUAAGUGAUCAAGAUGAAAUGGUUCAAUGCUCUGAUUCUGAAAAGGAUUAUGCUAAUUCAGGUAACCACGCGGUUCGUGACAAAAGUGAAAAGAUAAUUGCGGUUUCAGAUCUUUUGUCGAAAUCUAAUCGAAAAACGAGCUCGUCUAGUUUUUCAUCUACAGCAUCUGAAGGCAGUAGCGAUGAGGGGCAGACAAGCGAUGAAAGCGCAGGGUCUGAGGAUGACUUUGUUUCAUGUUCAGAAAAUGAUUCUAAUCGUGAAAAUGAGAAGUGCAAUCCACAAACACUGGACGUAAAUUCUUGGAAAGAUGAGAGUAAUACAAAGAACAAAAAGAAAAACUAUAUUUAUUCAGAUAGUGAUGACGAACAGAAUAUUUGUAAGAAAAACGUUGGGCAAAACGAAAGUGAAGAACUACCACAACAACAACAAAGAGAUGUUGAAAUACAUGUCGACUUUUCUGUUACGACUGAUUUAGAAGACAUUAGCAAAGAUAGUACCAUAAAUGGGAUAGAAAACAAUGCUGAAAAUUCAAGCGUCAACCCUAUAAACGAUGCGUCGACAUUUAAUGUAGUCCAUGAUAGUGACAUUAAAAAGUCAAUAAAAAGCAUAUCAAAUUUUGAAUAUGACCGAAUAUAUAGUGACUCGGAAGAAGAGCGAGAGUAUCAAGAACGACGCCGACGUAAUACUGAGUACAUGGCUCAAAUAGAACGAGAGUUUCUCGAAGAACAGGCCCUUAAAAAGUUGCAAAGUCAAGAAGAGGCGUUACCAGCAGUUGAAAACAGUAAAUCAGCUCUCAUAAAGGAUGUUUCAGUGUUUUCGAAUCAAUUGGAACAAGAUAAUGUUAAGGUGACUAAAAUAGUUCAAAAUCAUUCAGUAUCCAAGAAAAAAAUAGAGGAUUAUGGAAAUGUGGCUGACCAGCAGAAUGAAACCUUUAAGGAGAGACGAGAUUUCGUAGUCGUUUCUGCAAAAACUAAGAAUGAGAUAAAAUAUAAAAAGAAAACGGAGACUAAAAGAAAAAAUCAACUCGUAACUACAAGUAAUUCUUUAAAUACUGCCAUAAUAUUAGACAAAGUAUGUACUGAAGCGGAGGUCAAACUCCAAAAUGGAUUUGAUGAGAAAAACUGUAGUAAAUUAGAUCGUGAAAGCUUUCUAACUAUUCAAGAGUCCAAUGACUAUUGCUAUGACUUAAAAAUGUCACCAUCUUCUGAUGGUGGUUCAAGCCAAGCAAGUCAAGCUAGUCAAGUUGCCCUAGAGCAUUGUUAUUCAUUGCCUCCACAUGCUGAUACUUCAAGAGGGUACAACCUGGAACAAAGCCGUCAGUCUAAAUCUGAGAAUGUUACGGGAAAGAAAAACUUGGCACAUGACCAUGGCGGGUAUGCGAAUCCUAAUUCUUCAGAAAAUACCACAGGACUUUUUGUGGCGGAAGCACUAGCAUCCCAAAGUCUCAAUGAAAAGCCUGGACCUGGACGUCCAAAAAAGGAAUCUACAGGAAGUCGAAAGAAGUAUAGCUCGGUUCAAAAUUCGUAUACUUUGAAUGCCAACAAAGGGUCAAUCCCUAGAAAUAUUUUAGUACAAAACUUGGCUUCCGAAACUAAUUUUAUUCCUUUGGAGAUAUUUAAAGCUCGUGAUGCUACUGAUGAGAUAAUGGUACUAUACGAAUUUCUCACAAAAGGAAUAGAUUUAGAAGACAUCGAGUAUAUCCGAAAGAGUUACGAGAUCCAUCUUCAAGAAGACACCUAUGGGUUUUGGUUGAAUAAUACUCAUUGGGUUGAUCACUGCGUAACUGAUCGUUCAUUUAUCCCACCACCCACAAAAAAGCGAAAAAAGGAAGAUGAACUGAAGCGGCACAAAACUGGGUGUGCCCGCACCGAGGGUUAUUACAAAUUAGAUGUUAGAGAGAAGGCUAAACACAAAUAUCAUCAUGCGAAAUCUAGUAUAGAUAACGCCUUAAUGCCUGAUCGCCCCGAUGAUCAAUUACAGCAAACACACAAUAAGUUGAUAUCUAAAAUGCAAGGAAUUUCACGCGAAGCUCGAUCAAAUCAACGACGUUUGCUUACAGCAUUUGGUUCAAUUGGAGAAUCUGAAUUGUUAAAAUUUAAUCAGUUGAAAUUUAGAAAAAAGCAACUUAAAUUCGCGAAGUCGGCCAUUCAUGACUGGGGCUUGUUCGCGAUGGAGCCUAUUGCUGCAGAUGAAAUGGUUAUAGAGUAUGUGGGACAAAUGAUACGCCCAAUAGUUGCUGAUUUGCGGGAGACCAAAUAUGAAGCGAUCGGAAUCGGUAGUUCAUAUUUAUUUAGGAUUGAUAUGGAAACAAUUAUCGAUGCCACAAAAUGCGGUAAUUUAGCGCGCUUUAUUAAUCACAGUUGUAAUCCAAACUGCUAUGCUAAAGUGAUUACAAUUGAGUCUGAAAAGAAAAUUGUGAUUUAUUCCAAGCAACCAAUAGGAGUAAACGAAGAAAUAACGUACGAUUAUAAAUUUCCAUUAGAAGACGAGAAAAUUCCUUGCUUAUGUGGAGCGCAGGGUUGCCGAGGGACUCUCAAUUAAUUGCAUUAUUUUAAUUUUUAAAAUUACCUCAUUAAGUAAGUAUAUGUAAAAAUUUAUGUAAUUUGGUCUAGAACCACUAUUAUUUGUAAAUUUGGCAAACUGUUUCUUACAGCACUUGCUAUUGCUAAAAAUCUUGUUCCUUAACGAUACAUAAAUUCGUUUAUUGGUUUUCGUGACAGUUACAAUUCUACUCAUGAGAAAAUUUUAUUUGUAAGGAAAGUUGUAUAAAUUAUAAAUAUUAAAAUUGGGUUUGUCAGUGACGCCUCUAAAGUGUA